CCCCCGCGGAAGCCGCGCUCGGGACACACGAGCCUUCCCCGCGGCCGCUCGCAGCUCCCCGCGGCGGCGGGUGCCUGCGCUCCGUCCCCGGCCCGCCCGCCCGGCUCCUCGGCGUGGGCGCCAGCGCCGCCGACAAGGAUUCUUGUGUAAUCUGCAUCAUAUUCUAACGCAGUUUUUAUCCUCAAGACACUUCACAGUAAAAGAUCAUGGUAGACAGCUUAAUAGUAUCUUUGAGAAUUCUCAGUUCUCUAGCAGUGUUAGGAUUUCAGCUUGUCAUCCCACAGGGCUCAAUUGAACACAGAAAGGUUCCCCAGAGGAUAGAAGAACAAGGAGGUGCCUCUGAAGACAAUGGUGCAGGAAUCCCAGGUAUAUGGGGCAGUUGGGGCCCCUGGUCAGCCUGCUCUAGAAGUUGCAGUGGAGGGGUAAUGGAGCAAACACGACCCUGCCUUCCAGCCUAUUACCAUGAAAGGAGCUAUCACAGGCCAGGGCAACAGUACCCAGCCUCAGAAAGAUCUGUUGCCCACCAGUAUUCCCGCCAUCGUGAAGACCCAUUGACAUCUUACUCUGGCCAUGUUGUGUCUGCUAUCCGUACAUCUGUGCCACUUCACAGAAAUGGAGAUCAAUUACGGGCAGGCCUUCGGGCUUCAGUUUCCUCAGAAGGCCGCAAUGACAGCCAUCUAAAUAGAGGAAUGUUAAGAGGCAGCCGGCAUUCACAGUCUCAAAGACAGAGCCCGAAGCCAGAAAAGAGAAACAGGAACAGAAAUCCCAUUGGCCCAGGGAAAUAUGGAUAUGGAAAAGUGCCAUAUAUAUUACCUCUGCAAACUGACACUGGGCAGCCACCUCGAAAACUACGGAGGCAGCGACAGUUACCAAGGAACCAAGCAUAUCAACAAAAUCCAGGUCUUGGGAGCCAUCCGUACACCCGUCCAGCUAAUCCUUCACUUCAACAUGUGGAUGUUUACCAAGAAGAACAUGGACUUCAGCCUGGACAUCAGGUCUUAGGGCCCUCAGUUUAUCAGCAUGCUUCAACCCAUUCUCAGGCCUUUCCUGCAUCUCAGAAUUUGUUCCAUGGUAGUGGCUCAACCCAUCAUGGCUUUGUGUCACAUCAGACUGUCCAAAGUGUGUCUCAGAGGGCUGCAGCUAUUGUGUGUACUGGAGCCUACAAGCAACACAAGCUUUGCAACACAAACAUGUGUCCAGAAAGCACCAGAAAUAUCAGGGAAGUACAAUGUGCAUCAUACAACAACAAACCAUUUAUGGGUCGACUUUAUGAAUGGGAGCCCUUCUCAGAAGUGAAGGGAAGUCAGAAAUGUGAACUGAAUUGUCGAGCAAUAGGCUACCGAUUCUAUGUAAGACAAGCUGAGAAAGUGAUCGAUGGCACACCGUGUGAUCAAAAUGGAACUUCAAUCUGUGUGUCUGGGCAGUGCAAGAGCAUUGGCUGUGAUGACUAUCUGGGCUCCGACAAAGUGGUGGACAAAUGUGGAAUAUGUGGAGGGGAUAACACAGCUUGUAAGGUUGUGUCUGGAGUUUUCAAGCAUACACUAACAAAUCUCGGCUACCAUAAAAUAGUAGAAAUUCCUGAAGGUGCUACUAAAAUCAACAUCACUGAGAUGUCAAAGAGCAACAACUACCUGGCACUUCGGAGUCGAUCAGGACGGUCUAUCAUCAAUGGAAACUGGGCAAUUGAUCGACCGGGGAGAUAUGAAGGAGGCGGGACAAUGUUCACAUAUAAACGCCCAAAUGAAAUCUCUAGCACUGCGGGGGAGUCAUUUUUAGCAGAUGGUCCAACAAACGAGAUCCUGGAUGUCUAUAUGAUACAUCAGCAGCCUAACCCAGGUAUACACUAUGAGUAUAUCAUCCCAGGAGCUAACAUCAUCAGCUCUCAGUUGCCUGCUCACAGAAGACCAGGGGAGCCAUUCAAUGGCCAGUUAGAAGUGCCAGACAGUACAAAUGAGGAAGAUGAGGAUUUACAAAGGGAGACAGACACUAACCCUGAACAGUCAGCAGGGACCUUUCCAGUUAUUCAACCAGGAAGAUUUCCUUCUCAUCAGCCAGAAAACCAGGUGCCUGCUGUGCACCCACCAAGGCGAAACCGAGACUACAACUGGAAACAGAUUGGAACAACUGAGUGCACAACCACAUGUGGGAAAGGGUCACAAUACCCAAUCUUCCGCUGUGUCAACAGAAUCACUCAUGAAGAGGUGUCUGAGAGUUACUGCGACACCAGCACCAAGCCUACUCCAGAAGAAACAGCCUGCAACACCUUCCCAUGUCCAGCCUUCUGGGAUAUAGGAGAAUGGUCUGAAUGCAGUAAAACAUGUGGUCUUGGUAUGCAGCACCGACAAGUCUUGUGUCGACAAAUAUAUGCCAACCGGACUCUGACAGUUCAGCUCUUCCGCUGCCAUCACCUGGAAAAGCCAGAAACAACUAGCACGUGCCAGCUGAAGAUUUGCAGUGAAUGGCAAAUUCGGACAGAGUGGACUUCGUGUUCAGUCCCAUGUGGAGUGGGGCAGAGGACCCGAGAUGUAAAGUGUGUCAGCAAUCUUGGAGACAUUGUUGAUGAUGAGGAGUGUAACAUGAAACUACGGCCAAGUGAUAUUGAGAACUGUGACAUGGGGCCCUGUGCAAAGAGCUGGUUCCUCACAGAAUGGAGUGACAGGUGUUCUGCAGAAUGUGGUGAUGGAAUACGAACGCGCUCGGUAGUUUGUAUGACCAACCAUGUCAGCAGUUUGCCAUUGGAGGGCUGUGGGAAUAAUCAACCUUCUGAAACAACCCCCUGUAACAAUGGACCCUGUGCGGGUAAAGUUGAGUGGUUUGCUGGGAGCUGGAGUCAGUGUUCAAUUGAAUGUGGCAGUGGAACUCAACAGAGAGAAGUUAUCUGUGUUAGGAAAACUGAAGGUAGUUUCGGUGUGUUAAACCCCUAUGAGUGUUCAUUUUUGGAAAGACCUGCCAGCCAGCAAUCCUGCUAUCUCAAGCCCUGUGGUGCUAAAUGGUUCAAUACAGAAUGGAGCACAUGUUCCAAGUCAUGCGAAGGAGGAUUCCGGGUUCGGGAGGUGCGGUGUCUGUCAGAUGACAUGAUGCCCAGUAACCAAUGUGAUCCACACUUUAAACCAGAAGAAAAAGAACUUUGCAACUCCCAGGACUGCAUACCCGAAAUAGAUGAGAACUGCAAAGACAAAUAUUACAACUGCAAUGUGGUGGUGCAGGCCCGACUCUGUGUCUACACUUACUACAAAACAGCUUGUUGUGCAUCCUGCAGGAGGGUAGCCAAUAGACAAUCAGGUUUUCUAGGACGUAGAUAACAACUACUCCAUCAUCCAUAGCAGCAACGUCAGACUUCUAUAUGGGAACAUAAACAGUGUUAUUGCUUGGACUACAACAGGCUCUGCCUUCUUAAAGAAAUGGUUUCCAUAUUGCUGAGCUCAUCAAGAGCAUGGAUACAUUUCCCACCCUUUCAGUUACACUUAACAUGCAGUAUAUAGGAACUUUUUGGCUUUUAAAAAUGUUUGUUGUAAAACUGUGAUCUUUUUAAAGCAUUAUUUUUUAAUGAUACUCUUGUAUGCACCUGUUCAUCCAACAUUUAAGGAACUUACCAGCCUUAUUUUUAUAUGAAUGCCAUCUCUUCCUUGGUAUUUUUGGACCUCCUUAGAUUAACAAACAGCAUCAAUAGAGCAUGUAAAUGAGGAGCAUUAUAGUGUAAAGAGCCAGCCCCAUGAAGAGCCAUUUAGGCUCAGUUUAACCAACAUCCUAACAUGUGCUCUGAUUACCUCAAUCAAUUCAGACUAAGACUCACUAUUAAGCUCUCUGUGCUGUGCAUUCACUAACUUCUUGUCCUCAAAGGAGCAGCAAACAUGCACAUAUUUUGACUGCCUGUAUGUGACUUUAUAUUUAAUUCAUAAACUAGUGAAGAAUAUAAAUUUAUAUUCUGUAAUUUUCUAUGGAUGUUUAAAGUAAUAUAUUAUCCAUCACAGUGAAAAUAGUGCCUAGCCCUUUAAGUCUUCACUUUAACAUUUGCAGUUGUCAGUGAAACUCCAAUUCAUGGAUGAGGAUCCUCCAAAUUAUCCUGACAGUUUACAUCAGCAGAGGAUCCUCCCCCAUGAUGUAGAUAUUUCAGUAUGUAAACUGAUUCCUCACAUAACAUUUCACCAAAUGCGUGCUCAACAAAUAAUGUAUUAAAGCAGUGGUUGGCAACCAUUUUAGGCUGCAGGCAAGAGUAACCCAGUUUGGUUCAGAGGUGAGCAGAUGGGGGUGCUAGGGCCCAGCUGCCUUUGCUGCUUUUCCCCAUGGCAGCAAGGGAAAAGCACCUGCCACUGCCAGUUUUCCCUGUGGUGGCACAGGAAAGUGACUGACUGCUGCCAAAGCCCCACAUUGCAAAAUGUCACUGAAGCCCCACAUCUACAGUCCAGAUUAAAUGAAUCCAUGGGCUGGAUGCAGCCCAUGGGCCAUAGGUUGCUGACCCCUACAUUUAGUACCAGGAUCUGUCUUAAUGUUGUGAAAUUUCAAUUAGAAUUGUCAUGCAUUUCUGAAGCAACUGCCAAAUUAUAUGGCCCUCUGCCUCUAACACAUUUCCCUAAGCCUUUGACAUAUAUAUACGCCAUCUUGUCUUACACACACUGUUCAUAUAGCUCAGACAGCUAUAAUAAGGAAAUCCUAACUCUCAGCCCUGAAUAUACUACAGCAGUUUGUCUUGCCCUUUUCUCUGUUAGCAUGUUCCUCAGUAAGCCUAUUCUGAAAGAAUACUUUCUAUUUACGUCAUUUCUUCUUUUCUGUACAAGAGUGGUUACAGAUACACACCUGAGCUAGGUGUCUGAUUUUUCUACACUUGCUGUACUCAAUCCAGGAUUUGUAGACUAAAAGUAGGCUAACCUCCUGAAUGUUCCACAGUCCACCUACUUUUAUAAAGUCUUUUAAAAGAUUGCUAUGUAAAUGAGACUGAAUCAUGCUGGGAGGGGGGCGGGAGUAAUUUCUUCCUGAAUUACUGAUAGCUAUAUAUUGUAUGCCCUAGUAAUAUCCCUGACCUUGUGUUUAUUUUAAGGUGACUGCUGCCUGAGUCUAAAGAGGGAGCCCACUAACCCCAUUAGGUCUAACAUAUCAUUAUUCUUGAUUAUUAUGCCAUUCCCAGGGGCCAAGCAAUUAGAGUGUUUUAUUCUAGAUGUAGAGAUGUGAUUUCAAGCCUUUUUGUAGACUCAUACUGAAGGCUGACUCUGGUCGCCCCAGCUGUAGGUGGAUACAUAGUCAUUCAGCCUGGGCAGUCAAAGACAACUAGGCAUGACUUCAUGUUCUGUUGGAUACAGGACAAGAUGUGCUUGGGACAGAGCCUUGACUUUUUGAUUAUGCCACUCCCAAAUUGAAUACCUUUGAGCCAUAUUAUAGCAUCAGUGUUUGAAAAGAGCCCCCAUUAGGUGUUCUCCCUAAAAUUUGAUGAUACAAUAAUGACCUUUUGUGAUUAAAAAUCAUUGAAUGCUGUUAUGUGCAACAUUAGAACUUCUCUACACUUUGAUUGGUUUCAUUUACAUUGUAAUGAAUUAAAACAGAGUAGGAGACCUGUGUGAAAUUGAAAAGCUAAUUAUUUGGCAGUUUAUCUGAGUUAAUUAUUCUCUCUCAGUCCUGUUCCUUUAUAUCAGGAAAAGUCAUCCAUGGAAAGGUUUUAUAUAGCAGUUUUAGAUUGGGAUUAACUAUAUAGUAUAGAUUCUUGACCAAAGAAUUUUUUGGAGACAGCGCAGUAUAAACAAUGGUUGAAUUUUCAGUAAUAGUGAGUGUAGAUUUAUGUAUGAAUGUCUCAUUUAAGCAAAUCUUGACAUACAGUAUCUAUUUUUGUGGUCUGUGGUGGGCUGUUAGGCUUGGCAAACCUUUGACAUUUGACUUCUUUUUCCUCAUGUGUAUUUGAGCAGGUUUAACAGAGUGUUUGCAUCUCAGAAAUCUUAUAUUCAGUCCACGUGGAAAAAGGGAGUUGUAGUUCACACACUGGUAAUAUGACCAUAAACAAUAUGUACCGAAUACCAUAUUUUUCUCAUGUCCUAAGGAUAUCAUGCAACGUGUUCUGGAAUAUGACACACCUUGUUUUUGAAAGGCAGAAUGAAGAAGAAAAGAUGUUUACAGAGUAAUGGCUGCAUACAGCAAGGACAGAGCCUAAUCUUCAACUGACUCUCUCUCUCUCGCUUUCCUGCUUAACUGAAGCUGAAACCCUAGCUGCUGCUGAAGGCUGGUCUCUAUGGGUGGAUCUGUGAAUUUGUAAAGAGCUAAAGUCUCCAAGGCUGUGAAAUAGGAGAGAGUGCAGGAGCAGCUAGGAGACAGCAAAAUUUCCCUGAGACAGCCUAGCUUGAUUAGUGGAACAUCAAAACCAUUAAAAAAGAUCGAUGAUCAUUAACACCUCUGGAUUGAAGUACAAUGAACUUGAAUAGUAAUAUAGCAGCUGCUGCACUGUGAAGCAGGAAUCAAAGCAGGGUGCUUCUAUCCAAGAAGGAAAUUCAGCUUCCCUACUUAAUACAUACACCCUAAUUUUGGGAACCUGAUUUUUGGGGCAGAAGUGUGUGUUGAAUGCAAGAAAAUAUGGUAUUCUUAUUGUACAUAACUUUUGGAGAGAAGAUGGGUAACUUAAACAUUGAGCUGGUAUGUGAGCAAACAUUGUGUCUCACUGUAUUUGUUGUUAUUCUAUUAAACAUGUAGUGGUUGGGGUGUAUUACACCGAGUUAUCUUUUCGUGAGUUCCAUUAAGUCAUUAAGUUACCAUUAAGGAAAACAAAUCCAUUGGAGUUAAGUAUAAAAGACUAUACACAAUCUUAUAUUACUCCUCAGGUGUAUUGCUUUGUUAGCUGGAUGUGAUGAAGUAUAUUCAUAGCUAUUAUAUAACAUGAACCUUCUAAUAUUUUCAGAAAUACCAUUAAGAACAAUGUUAGUCUCACCUAAUUAAACACCUUGCAGUAAAGGAGGCACCUGAGUCUGGCUAGACUUAAAUCUCUUAUCAUCGUUUGCCAUGAUUCAGCAUGAGUAUAAUAGAUACUUCUACAAUGUACGCUAAUCAAUUCUUCCUUCCUACACACAGCGGUGUAGAAGAACUAAUAUUUUAUAGACAACAGUAAAUCCUAGGGUAGUAUUUCAUUGCCACAUGAAGUGCACUUUUAAAACCAUUUGUUAGUUAUUUGUUCAGUUAUUGCAUUGUGCAUAUAACAAGUAUUAUUGUCUAAUAAUAUAGCAGUGCACCAGCUUACCCUGUUACCAUACAUAAAGCCUGAUUCUGCUUUCACUUAUAUUGCUGCAAAUCAGAAGUGACAUUAAUGACCUCUGUGGAGUUAUACAAGUUAAAAAAACACUUUAAGUAAGAGCUAAAUCAGACUUAGAAUUUGAACAACACUUUCCCUCUCAGGUAUGCUAAUACAUAGGUAUUUCAGAUUGGUAGAAAAGACUUACCUCUUGCCUGUCAGAUUUUCAAUGUAUAUGGGAUAAAGUGGAAGAUCAGAGUAACUAUAUCCCUACGUGGAUAUUUGAUGCAAGGUAAACUUUGGGUCAACUGCUUAGAGAUGAUAAAUAACCAAAAUGAGCAAACGUUCUCUGCCUUUGUAAAGAAUUCAUUUUGCUGACCUUGGAACAAUGCUGAAGGAUGUUUAGGAAGGCUUUAAAAUGGGAGAGCAAGGUCUGAAGAUUUUUGCUAAGUAUCUUCAUAUAAUUAUUCCUAAUAUAAUGGGAAUAAUCAUCCUUUGGGGGAAUAAUGCAUGAUUUGCAGAGUCAGGAUGCAUAAUCAAUGUUAUUUUCAUCAUGCUUACCACAUCCUAUUUUCAUACCUAAACGUUUCAGAUCCAGAAUUUGGUCCUCUUAAUAGGAAAGUGCACAGGCAUUAAGAAUACGCAUUAAUUCAAAAGUUAACUUCUAUGCAAAUGCUUAGUAUAGACUCAACACAGCUGAAAUUUUGCAGGUUUGUGGUUCUAGUAGGUACUGCUUGAACCUACUUACUUAGCAAGAAUUUGUAAAGUUUAGUCUCAAACCUUUCUAAGUAAUCAAACCAUGUUAUUACCUGGCUGGCAUGCGGGUGGGAAUCAACAAAAGUUUAGAAAGGCAAGCAUGGGAGAGAGAAAUAGAACGUCAAGGGUCUGUGUCAAAAAUAAGCCCAGCUAUUAAUAGAGCUAUCUUUCUGCUGAGCCAACAAGCUUUUUUUCCUGCAUUGGCCAGUUUUAAAUGAUGAACAUUGAAAUAACUACUGAAUGAAUUCUUGUGCAAUGAACCCAGAUAUAAUUCCCAUAAUUGUACAACUAUCAAAGUAUGUAUCCUGUAUUCUAACAUACGGCAUCUACUGUAUUAAAAAUCUACUAGAGUGAUCUUUCCUACACUCAAUAGCAGGAGAAAUUACUCUAGGAGAGUUUUUUUGAGACAGCUGUGUGUGUGUCGCUAGGAUCCUCCCUCUGAGAGCGCUUGUUGGCUCUCUACCAGGCAGUUAAUUACAUGUCUGUCUAUAUGUGUUUGGAACGCAUCAGUUUUGAACCCUGAAUUCUAAGAGUAAAUUUUCUUUGUUCCUAGCAUGGCUUGCAGAAUAUAUUCAUGGGGUUGUGUUAGCUUCUGUUUAGAAGCUGAAUAAUAUAAAAUGUUUAAUAGAAGGAAAUUUAAGAGCAAUGUAGUAUUAAAAAGAAUCAUAUUUAGUGGUCUUAAAAGGCAAGCUGUUUUGCAUUAUAUAUUUAUAAAAAACAGUUGCGUAAAGUUCAAAUCUAGUCAGAGCAGGUACAGCUGCAUUCACUUCGACAGGACUCACAUAGGGACUGAACUUGGCCCUUUAUUACUAAAUUAAAAAACCACAGAUGUGUAUUGUGAUUUUUUUUUUUUAAACGUAGGCUUCCUGAUAUAUUAAUAGAAAAUGCAAACCACCACUGUGUUUUUGUCAUGGUUAUUUCUUUUGAGAAUCCAGUAUCUUUCCAGUGACUUUAUACCACUACUUUUUUCAUUAGCCUAUUUUGUCAGUGCAGUGUGUGGGUCUCUUAUGACCUAGUUCAGCAAGGCCCUCAGCAUGAAUGGACUUGUAUGUCCUUGCACAGCCCCAUUUUGAAGUCAUCAUAGCUCAGUAUGGAGCAUCUUGAAGGCUUGGGGCCUAAAUUGUGCAGAGAAUUAAGCCUUGGUUUAUGAGUGACAAAAAACCUACUUUAUACGUGUAAAAUUAUUUCCACUUGAUCCUAACCCACUUAUUGAUUUUGGCAGAAGGAUAUACUUUAUUAUAACUUAUUUUUUGUUAUUUGUAAAUACAAGAUGUCUAUAGGAAAUACAUAUUCUGAGCUAUGUCUAUGGAACAAGCCACUGCAUCAAAAUAGUACAGUUAUUUAGAUUAAGCAGAUUUUUAUUAAAAGGGACCUAAUAUGUAUUUAUUUACAUAUACCAUUUACAUUGCUGUCUGGUUCUUUAAUAAUACUAACCCAGCUUUCCAUGGAAUUUUAUAACACACACAUAUAUAUAUGUCAUACUGUAAAUCCAUAGUUACCAUUCUUUAAUUUUCUGAUUAGCCGGUUUCUUGAGUGCAUUUAAAGGGGGAGUAUAAGUUAAAGUACAUUGUGACCAGUUCAGGAAUAUGUAUCCCUGGCAGUGCACCUGAACCAGAACUGUACAGCAUCCCUUUCAUAUUGUAUACAUUUUCUUUCUGAUGAAAAAAAAAAUGUUAACUAUUUUGUUUAUGACUAAUUUAUUUUUAUUAUUAUGAAAAAUAAAGAAAUUAAAUAAAGAUCA